AAGUUACUUAAAUUUAGGUAACGAGAAAAAGUGCUGCAACAAUAAGAAGAGAAGCAAAGAAGUAUAUAACUCAACUCAAACCAAAGGCGAUUCGAACUGCCAAAAAAUCGAAACACGGCAAAAAUUCUGUAUCAGUCAGUCAUUCACAGGCAGUUGUGUUCAGUUCAGUUCAGUAGGCAGCUUUUGUUGUUACCGACUGUGCGUACGUGUGUGUUUGUCGUUCUCUUUCUCUUUUCGUCUCUGCUUAUGUAUGUGUGUGCGUGCGUUUGAUAAGCGCAGCAACAACAAAGCCGUGGUAUUCAACAUUUUAUUGAAUUAAAACAAAAAGCGCGCACGCUUCUCUAUCAGAGUAUUUGGGUGAGUGUGUACGUGUAUGUGUGUGUGUCUGUCUGUACGACUUAGCUGGUGAUUAACGCAUUAAGACCAGAGGAAGUGAAGACGUCUGCAACCUGCUAACCCACAAACCCACAAGGAACCCGUUUCAAAAGCCAAGCAGGCAUCCACGACACCAGCUACCAACGCAUUGCUAUUCAACUGGACGAAGAAAGUGAACGUCUGAACAGCAGCCAACUGUUCGGUAUCAUCGUCUCUCACUGUCAAUAUUAGCGCCAUCGCAACUGCUGGGUGUGGGCGAAUCUGCGCCCCGCCACCGGUAAGACUGUGCCAAGCUUCAGCUGGCACUCAUGCUCUCCUGUCACUUGCAUUUGCAGCACAAUCUCACCCUAAUCUAUGUUUAUGAAACUACUCGUAGCAGUAUCUAUAUGCCAAUCACGCGCUUCAAUGCUUCAUCAAAUACAUCUACAAAACACACACCCACCUACACACACAUGCCCUGCUUUGGCUUUUAUACACCUGUAGCUAAGAUUGCUUUCGCUUACAUUUGUUUUUAUCGUUUUGUGCUUUAAUUUGGGCUUAAAGUUUGCACAAGUCGCGCAAAAAUGUCAUAAAUUCUGAACAGCUUGCCAACGGUGCAAAGUCCCAGCGCACCUUGCAUAUAAAAUUAAAUACCCCCCCAGCUACAAACAUAUAUAUGUAUGUAUCGGUAUGGUUGCCUGCUUCUUUGUUUGUCACUCACAAAAAGUUACAAGUUGGCGUCGUGUUGCCUUUGAGGCACAACAUGUAGACCAAAACCAGCGCGCUUUAGCUACAAGUGUUUGACAUUGUUGACAGCAGGCUCCCUCCUACCCGGCUGUCCCCUGGCUAUCGAGAAAACAUCCGUAGAUGUUAGCUAGCAGCAUUUAAAAUUGAUUUUCAUAUUUAUGUGCCUCUUUUCACAAGCACAAAAGGCACAAAAUCCACAGAGCCAUGGGUCUAUAAAAGCUUUUCCUGCUUUGUUGUUUGCAUUUUGUUAUUCAAGCAUUGGCUGUCCUUAAGUGUCCUUGAGUGCGCACCGCAUGUCAGCUCAUGACAAUGAUAACUGCAAUAACAAAAGCAACAGAAACUGCAACGACGAAGCUGACGGUGUCGGUGAUGAGGAGGACCACAUUGUGGAUGCCCCUGCGACCUAUAAUGAUGGCCAGAGUAGUCAAAGCAGCAUAUCACCUGUUGCCAAUCCAAGCAAUUAUUGCAAACUAGUUGAUAUUCCGUUCGAUGUUGAACCAAAAAGCAGCACCCUGAAUUUCUCAUCGUUCAAAUCAAGCUUUACUUCCAAUGUUAAUUUCCUGAAGAGAAGAUUCAGCUCGGGAGACUUGUCUUCCGAGGUCGACGAUGUCGAUCCCAAUGAUUUGCCACCUGCGGCACGUCCCAUACAGGACCAACCAACUAAGCCGCAUGUCAGCGGUGGUCCGCCGAGCAUGCCGCCCCCACCGGCACCGGGCCAAGUACCACCACAGCCCACCGGUGCCGCGCCGGAAUUGUCGCUAACCUUUGGCGCUGGCAAGUCAGGUGUUGCAGCAGCGCCACCUCGUGGCGUUAGCGCCCCGACCAGUCCGGCCAAGUCGCGCGAGAGUCUCUUACAGCGCGUGCAGAGUUUGACGGGCGCAGCGCGAGAUCAGGGCGCUUCCAUACUAGGUGCGGCGGUUCAGAGUGCCACACAACGUGCCCCAGCCUUCAACAAGGACAAAUACUUUACGUUGCUGGUGCUCGAUGAUCAAAAUACCGACUGGUCCAAGUAUUUCCGUGGCCGGCGUUUGCAUGGCGAUUUCGAUAUACGCGUGGAACAGGCGGAGUUCCGAGACAUUACAGUUGUCUCCAGUGCGGAUACCGGACCGGUGGUCACCAUGGCCGCCUAUCGCAGCGGCACUCGGGUUGCGCGUUCCUUCCGCCCGGAUUUUGUUUUAAUACGCCAACCACCGCGUGAUGGCUCCAGCGACUAUCGUUCGACCAUACUGGGACUCAAAUAUGGCGGUGUGCCCAGCAUUAACUCGCUGCACUCCAUAUAUCAAUUUCAGGAUAAGCCCUGGGUCUUUUCGCAUUUGCUGCAGCUGCAGCGUCGGCUGGGACGAGAUGGCUUUCCGCUAAUUGAACAAACAUUCUUCCCGAAUCCACGCGAUUUGUUCCAAUUCACAAAGUUUCCCAGCGUGUUGAAGGCUGGACAUUGCCAUGGUGGAGUGGCCACGGCUCGCCUGGAGAAUCAGAGCGCCUUGCAAGAUGCCGCCGGACUUGUUAGCGGAGCUGGCAACGAUUCGCAUUGUUAUUGCACCAUUGAGCCCUACAUUGAUGCCAAGUUCAGUGUGCAUAUUCAAAAGAUUGGCAACAAUUACAAGGCCUUCAUGCGCAAAUCCAUCACCGGCAAUUGGAAGACCAAUCAAGGCUCCGCCAUGCUCGAGCAAAUCACCUUAACCGAGAAGUACAAAAGCUGGGUGGACGAGAUAUCCGAGCUAUUCGGUGGCAUGGAGGUGUGCGGAGUAUCGGUGGUGGUCGGAAAAGAUGGGCGCGAGUAUAUCAUCAGCGCCUGUGACUCCACCUUUGCCUUGAUUGGCGACAGCCAGGAAGAGGAUCGCCGGCAAAUAGCGGACUUAGUGUCAGGACGCAUGCAGAACGUAUGCCGACCAAGCAUGGCUCAAACUGGACCGGGCAAGCUGCCAUCGCGCUCCUCCGUCUCAUCUCGCGGUGAGAGUCCCACUGAUGAGGUGGCACCCACACCUCCGUUGCCAGCUGGACCAAGACCCGCACCCAUGGGUGGUCCACCGCCGAUACCAGAACGCACCUCGCCGGCUGUGGGCUCGAUUGGCCGGCUGAGCAGCCGCAGCAGCAUCUCUGAGCUGCCGGAGGAGCCUUCUUCGUCAGUACCGAGCACGGUCGGUGGAGGUGUGCGUCGCGAUUCGCAGACAUCUCAGGCAUCGAGCAUUUCGUCGGUGUCUAGGACCGGACAGCGUCCUCCGCAAACUCAAACUCAAACAUCGGUCGUCGAGGAUGCGGAGGACACCAUGAAGAACCUGAGGAAGACCUUUGCGGGGAUAUUUGGUGACAUGUAGGAAAUCGCUAAUAAGAAACGUGGAAGGACAGCGAGCGAGACAAGCAAUGGCAGUGGCAUGAGCAGCGUGCCCAGCAGUGCAGGAAUCGGCAGCGGCUUCAGUGGCUCAUUCCUUGGCAAGCAAUUCUCGUUCGCUUCGGGCGGAAAAUCUGGCGGAAGCGGCACGGAUGUGAUCUCGACACAGCCCAACAACAGGACCGAUAGUCACGCCGUAGAUGCACCAACGGAUAAUUCCAACAAUACGUCUAAUCUUGCCACUGCGGUCGGCUCAGCCGGUGGCAAGCAGCCCACUUCCAGCGUUUCGGAUAGCGUCAACAACACAGCGGAUACCUACAAGCCAGUCACCAAUUUUGAGCCACAGGAACGCGUCAAUCCCUUCGACAAGGAGGCGCACAAGUCGAGCACCACCAGCAUUGGUGGUGUCUCCAAUACCACCUCAUCGUCAUCAUCCAUGUCGACCUCUUCAAUCUCGUCUCGCAUCAAUCGCAAUGGCAAUGCCAUUAAGUCGCCACCACCGCCAGCUGGACCACCACCACCACCACCCAGUGUGGCUGCUGCCGCCAGCAAUGCGAAUAGCUCCAGUGCAGCCACUUAUCGGAACAGCAUCAGCUCGCUGAGCAAGGACAGGACCAGCUAUGGCAACUAUGGCAGCUCCACAUCCAUCGAGACGAUCACGCGCAUGGACACGAACACCACAACCACAGCGGCUACAGCCACAGGUGCCGGUGAAGCCAGCGGCAUCACGGCCAUCACCAACAUCAGUGCGAGUGGUGCAAGUGCUGCGGCAGGUGCCAUUGGCGCCAUAACCAGCAGCAGCACCACAAACGAUUGGCGCUCGGCCAUUGGGAUGCGCUCGGCGAGCGUUUACAGCGCACCGGCUGCCGUGACCACCACAUUGCCGGGCGAUACUUCCGGCUAUGAUUCGAACUCGGCUGCCUCCAAUGGCUACAACAAUCCAAGCGACUUGCCAUCCUAUACGCGACCCACUUACUCACGCUCCGAGAGCAAUGCUUCCAAGCAAUCCGACUUGGACAUCAUAUUUGGUGACACGAAGCCCACAGCUUCAUAUGGCAGUGGCAAGUAUACGCGUUCCGGCGGCUCCAUUUCGGAUGCAGACAUGAUAUUCGGAGGACCACCCUCGAACUAUAAGACCGAUCGGUUUGGCGCUAGCAAGAGCAUGAGCGUCAGCUCAGAACGCACCAGUGGCAUGGGAUCAGGAUCUGGAUCCUACAAGAUCUACGAAGGCAUACAGAAUGCCGCUUUCAGCGAUUACAGCGAAUCGAGCAGCAUUGGCAGCGUAAAUUCGGGCAACAAGCGUUGGAGCGCCAAGCAGGAGGAUGAUGAUGAAUUGGACUUGAAGUGAAGCACAGCAUAAAUCAUAUAAUACACUAACUACACCCUCAUAUCCCACACAUCCAAGUAUCCACAAUCGCUAUUUGAAUCGCUCGAUCUUGAGACACAUGCUAGCUAAACGAUAUCUGUCUGUUUUCUGCCUCUGAAGUUUCCUGGUUUCAUGAGAAACAUUCAUAAAAACACGCAUAUACCAUUAUAGGGACAAACAUACUCAUAUAAAUACAUAUAUGUUUGGUUGAAACUACAUGUUAUUAAAUAUAUGUAUAAUAUCCAAUUAAUAAUUCACAUUAUGAUUUGCAUUUACAUACACGUUAGUGACUAGGAAGCGUCGAAAAGCUCGCUCUAACUCUCUUCAUAGACAAAUAGACGAAAUUACACACUGUAGUACACUACUAUGUAUAAUUAUAACCACCAAUAAAACAACAAUAAUGCAGAGUAUGAAACUCACUAUAAACAUUUAUAGCAACAGGCCAUACUACAUAUAUAUAUGUGCGACUCUAAUGACUUGACUGGUUUUGCAACCUAAAAUGGAAAAUUAACAAGAAUUUUCAUUAAACGUUUUGAAGCAUUUUCUAUUAUAAAAGUGAAAAAAACCAUAUAUAUAUAUACUUAAAAAUAUUAUUGAGACAAACAUUUAAUUAUACACAUGUAUAUCCAUCUACCUAUAAA